ACUAAUUAUUAAGAUUUCCCUCAGACGUGACAUCUCCACCCCCGAUCACAUCUCCAUGGUGCAAACUGCGUCACCUGGACACUCCGCAGUGUGAGCAACGGCUGCAAGACAUCUGCCGGCUGAUCGGCGACGCGGAGUCAGCCGAGCUCAUGCUCGAUCGGCUCAUGGAGAUGUUCCAGCAGCAGCGAGACUGCGAGAUCGCUUACGUCAUGAAUUGGAUGGGCUCGGCUCCAAACGCCCCACUCAGCGUGGCAAAGCGGAUUCUCAACACAUACAUAGAAGAGAACAUGUGGUACCUGCCACUCGAAGUGGGUAGUGGGGAAACGCCGCUCACGAGUGACGACACACUUGAUGUUCGUAUUUAUAAUCCUAGAGCAUGGACUAAGGACAGCGUUCCUGAUCUGUACGAAGGCGCAGUAGAGACUCGGUACACGGCCAUAAGCUACCUCGUCCCCCGCGCGCCGUCCUCCGCUGACCCUUCCACGUGCCCAACUUCUGCGGCGGCGCAGAAGAACAUGGUGCUGUCCUGCUUGCUCACGGAGGGAGUCGGUAUCAUGGCGAGGAGGCUGAAGGAGGACUACCAACCGUUUUUGUUGAGGACUUUGUGUCUGGUGUUAGAGAGAGUAGGCUGCAAAUACGAAAUGCUGCACUUAGCAGGGCUAAAGGCCAUCAACGACAUCGCGAUAGCUUGCGGGCACAACUCAGUGGCAGAUCUCAUAAGGUGCAAUGCUGACUACUUUACCAAUCAAGUUACUUUGAGACUGAAAAAGGCUUGGAACAGCAAAUCGGCGUUACAAAUAUUGUCAGUCGUGAUGGAAUACAGUGAUUCCAGUAUACUGGAUUGCCUCUACGGUAUUGUGGAAAACGUCCUAGUCCAAAGCUGUGAUAAAUACCACCAGCGUGAUCUCCAAGCGUACUUACAAGUGUUCCUGACAUUCAUCGAGUGCAUUCGAAAAUGGUUCCCUCCACCACUACGCUCAAAACCCGAAACUCCUAAUGAACAUUUAGAUAUAUUCAAAUACGCCUUAGAGUACAUCGAGAGUCAGGAAGAAACGGAAAGGUUGUUGAGUAAUGAGGAAAUGGAGAAAGAGAGCGGGAAGAGUAUAGAAGAAAUGUACAAAGAAGAUUUGAAGAAGAAAGAAGACGAUGUUUUAGAUUAUGAUGAUAGAGUUACAGAAGAAAAGCCACCCCUCCCUCAACACAUAAAGGUAACAAUAACAGUCCUAAAGCGCUGCAUCAAUUUCAUGUCUUCAAAACAUCGGGAAGAAACGAUUCUUGCAUUGCAAAUAUUCACAAGUGGUUUGCCAAUACUGGUGCAGCAUGAAGACGAGUUGUUGCCUUUAGUGCAUCAAAGCUGGGCACCGCUGGUGAGUAAAGUGGAGGGGAGCGAUGUGGUGGUGUUGAAGAAGGCGCUGGACUUACUGGUGGUUAUGGCUGGAGUGUCGAAGGAUUUUAUUAGAAAUCGAGCUGUUAA